AUGCCCGUUCUCAAUGAUACACAAACGGGUGGCGCCAUCGGUGUGGUCGACGACUUGCUCACUGGUGUACCCUGUCCGAGUCAUAGCCGUGAUAACAUCGAAAGGAAAUUGGUGAGGAAAAUUGAUUUGCGUAUGUCCGUGAUAUUGCUUUUGUAUACCAUGAACAUGAUCGACAGAUCAAACGUUAGCAAUGCUCGGCUACAAGGUUUUGAGAAAGACCUGCACCUGCGGGGGCAACAAUAUGCCACGGUCUUGUCCAUCCUAUAUGUUGGAUUCCUUAUCAUGCAAGUGCCAGGGAACAUGUUUCUGCACUGGCUGGAGAGACCCGCUGUCUUCAUUCCGUCUUGUAUGAUAGCAUGGGGUGCAAUAUCAGUAUUGACCGACCCAAGUUAUACCGGAGUUUUGGUCGCACGGUUCUUUCUCGGCUUUGUCGAAGCCCCCUUCCUCCCUGGCGACCUAUUUCUUAUAUCUGGAUGGUACAAACGGGACGAGCUCGCCAUGAGAACGGCUCUUCUUUUUUCUGGAUUUUUAUUCAGCUCUGCAUUCGGAUCGCUUUUUGCAUCUGGUAUACUUCAUGGCAUGCAGGGCAAACUUGGUCAAGCUGCAUGGAGAUGGUUGUUUUACAUUGAAGGCGGCGUCACCAUCUUUAUCGCGAUUUGCGCGAUAUUCAUACUCCCUAAUUUCCCGCACAACACUAGGUGGCUCACCCCAGAGGAAAGAUCACUUGCCAUUUCUCGCCUUCUGGAAGAUGGCUAUGGUAAGGCUGACGGAAGUGGGAAACAGACGACCAUACAAGGACUGUGGGAUGCUGUAUUUGACUGGAAGGUGUGGUGGUUUUCAGUUGCGUUCAUGUUCCAGUACAUAGCACAUUCUUUUAUGGGUUACUUCCCGACGCUAUGCUCAACACUGGGAUACGACACGACUACAACGUUGCUACUCUGCGCUCCCCCGUGGGCGUUCGCGACUAUAGUGGCAUUUGCUCUUACAUGGUACUCUGACAAGAAGCAGAGGCGUUACAAAUACUUUGCUGCCUCCAAUGCACUCGGUACCCUUGCAUUCAUCAUAUCGAUCUUUACGAUGAACAAAGCUGCGCGCUAUAUUUCGUUGUUCCUGAUGGCUCAGCUCAUCGCUGGAUAUCUGGUGCUCUGGGGGUGGGUCAACAACACUUUCGCCAGAGAACCUGCGAAGCGAGCCGUUGCUAUUGCUUUGAUUAACACAAUAGGGCAGAUAGGCAAUAUUGUUGGACCGUACGCAUGGCCGUCGAAAUGGGGCCCAACAUAUCGUUAUUCCUAUGCCGUCAGCAUCGCGGCAAUUGGGGUUUCCACAACCAUGUUCGGUGGGAUGCAUCUUUAUUUGAAGCAUCUGAAUGAGCAGAUUGAGAGGAACGAGAAUGUGAAAGGUAUUGAAGAGCUUCGGGGCCCGGUCGGUUUUAGAUAUUUGGUGUAG